GCCGUUGCAAAUGCGAGACUCCAGACGACGCAACACAGCGCAAGUUGUCAACGGGGCGUAUUUGUCACAACACACAUCUUUCAUUCGGCGGUGACUUGUGACGAACACUGUAAUGGGGGAGGAAGGUGAAAGAAGGAAGAGGAUCUCUACCAACCCCUUCCUUUACACGGACGGCAGUCUGGUGGAGGAUGAUGUGCUGCAGGCCCAGCUAAGUGUAGAGGAGCCUAGCAGUGGUGGCUCCGCCUCGCCCAGUCCCCGCUGUCACGACCCACCCCAGAACAUCACCUCCUCCAGCCCCCGUGGCCAGGAGGCCGCUGACCCAGACCACACGCCCCAGGCUGAGAUGCCAACCAGACAGGUGUGGACGCAGGCACGGACAAACUCAAGGACUGGUACUUCUAUUGACAUUGAUGAUGAAAAGUUACAGAGUAUGACAGGAUCAUACUCAGAGAUUCUGGAACGACCAUUGCUGAAACAAGGCAUUGCAGAAGCUGAUGAAGAGGCUGAAGAUGAGGGAAAAGAAGAGAUGGAUGCUGUCACUCCUGUGUACUCAGAAAUGGAUCCAGUGCAAGCUUUCUUGUCACAAGAACGUCUUAGUGCCUUUAUGGCCCGAGAUGACUCUCUAGGGGAGAUGCCAGACUAUGGAACUGAUGCACCUCAAGACUCUAAGGAGCGGCCUGUGAGCCUAAGGGUGGGGAGGUGCAGCCCAGACCAAGCUGAGUCAGCACUGCAGGGCUCUGGAAUGGUGACACGACAGGGAGACAUUAUAUCUUUUGUUGCUGAUGAUCUGCAUAGUAAAAUCAAACUUGCGAGCCCAGUGUCAAAGUCAGUGGUCUCCUUCCCUGGCUCCAGGAGCUCAACUCCAAGCUUACUACGGACAGCCUUAGAUCUACAAGUGCCCCCUAUUGACCCAUCCACCAUUAAUGACAUUGAGAGGCAUGCAAGACAUAUUGCUACAUCUGUUGACACACUCAUAGAAAAUCUCACUGGAACACUCCACAGUAUAUCUGCAUUGACUGUAGAUUGUGUAGAAACUUACCGAGAUGCUGUGUGCAAGACUUGUGAUGCUGUGGAUGCAAAUAUAAAGUCAAUGUAUCAACUUAUGGCCAAAACAGAAGAACUAAGCAAGUCAAUGAAGCCCAUAUACAAGUUGCAAGAGCAAAUCAAAGAAGUUCGACGCUUACUUGACAUGUUUGAGAAUCUUGUCCAUUCAUGUGGUGCGUGAAGCUUCAGAGGCAGCUGUGAGAUUGAACUUGUAACCUACAGUGAUAUGUACAAAUAUGUUGUUGUGUAUAGUAGUCUUGUGAAAAUGUUGUGUUAGAUUGUUAGAACAUUUCUUUACUAAAUACUGUGAUAUUCAUCUUGUUAUUUCUUAAUUAUAUUUGAUUUUACAUAAAUGUGGAAAGAUGGAGAGAAUAGAGAUAUUGGACACCUGAGCAUCAUGCAGUGUGUUUUGAGGUUUGGUCUUCUCCAAGAGUCCUAGGGCUGAGAUGGAUUUUGUUUAGUCUUAGGGAGUGUGUGUGUGUCUGUGUAUGCAUACAUAUGUGUGUGUGUCUGUGUGUCUGUGUGUGUGUGUGUGUGUGUGUGUGUGUGUGUGUGUGUGUGUGUGUGUGUGUGUGUGUGUGUGUGUGUG